GGGGUGCUUUGGGUGCUGUGCCAGGGUUCUGCUGUGCCUCAGUGUGAGGCUCAGGUGCUCCCGGAGCACAGUAGGAUGCCUGGGGCUCCUGUGCUCUGUGGGGAGGUGAUGGCAGCCUGCUGGAAUUUGCAUAAUUAAUUGCCUCACCAUAACCUAUUACACAUUGCCCUCACAGCCUCAUGCCCUUGUGGCUGUGACUCAACCUCGACUGGAAGCAUCAAGGAUAGAUGGGUGCAUGUUCCCAUGGUCCUUGCAGCUCCAGGGAAGCCUUUCCUUACACCUUUCUGGAUUUAUUUCAGUCCCUUUUGAAAGCUGGACGUGGCACAUGGGGCACAGCACAUCAUCUGCUUUGAGCUUUGCUGCUGUGGGUAUUGUGUGUGUAGGACCUGCUCAGGCACCACUGUGGGCCAGUGCCUUGUUCCUCUGCUGACAACCUUUGAUCAGUCAGUGUGCCACAACUGAUAACACAGCCACGAUCAAUAACACAGCCUGUCCCAGCUGCCAAGCAAAGUUUGUGUGUAAUGGGUCCUGGAGGGAGCAGUGGCCCUGGGGCAGGAGCAGCUCAGCCAUUGGGAUGCAUCCAGGAGCGCAGGUGCAAGGGAAUUAGCACUGCCCUUAAUUGCUGCUCAAUUAACCAGAACAGGAGCUUGUGGGGCACCCUGCUCUGUCCUUAGCUGUGGCCCUUUCUGGGUGGAAGCUUGAGGCCGGUUUGUGUUUCUCUUCCUGCAAAGCUUUUUGCUUUAAUUAUUAACCAGUGCCAGGCAGUGCCAUGGCUUGUGGCUGGGGCUAAGCCAGGGCAGGGGGGAGGCUGAGGGAAGCCCCCUGCCCUUGGGCCCUCAGCUCUGCACAGCUCCUGAAGCAUCCCUGAGUGCAGGUGGGGUGUGAGUCCCUACAGCUGUGGUUUUGUGGGGAUGAGGGCUUAGGAAAUGAACAGACUCCAGGAAACAAUCCUCUGUGUCUGUGACUCUCUCUGCUGCUGGUGCUGAGGCUGUUCUUGUCCUGGGCUGGUCAAGGCAGCUGGGCACCAUCCAGCUAAAAAUAACACCAGUAAAUAAAACACUUCCUCCUGGCCUGGCACGCUGGGGCAGAGGCUCAGGGAGCUGGGACGUGCCUGGCUGUGGCUCCACAGCGGGACUGGCCCCGUGCCAGGGAGCUCUGGGCUGGUGCCACCAGGUCCAGGCCUGCCCCAGCGCCCUCAGCACCCCCCUGCCCGGCCCCUGGGGACACGGUGGCCCAUGGCAUCCUCAAUGCCAACAGCAGAAUGUCACCUCUGGCUGCUGGAGGGCUGGAUCCCCAGGUGACACGGUGAUGGCCCCUGGCAGCAGGAUGCCACGGCCACCCCACGCUGAGCUCUGCGCUGGCUCAGUUUCUCCAGCUGCACCAUGGGACUCCCACAGCUGGCACGUGUCCCAGGUGACGUUGGGAAGGGUGUGGGACACGGGAUCCCGGUCACGGCCGCGUCAGCCCCACGCGCCGGGACAGCGAGGUGUCAGCAGGAGCCACCCACGCAGGGGAUCACGGUGGGGAGCCCCCUUCACCCCCAGCAGGGCCUGAGGAGCCCAGGCAGGAUAAUGGGGGUGGGGGCAGCCCAGUCAGGGGACCAAGCCACACGCUGGGGGUGCCAGGAGAGGUGAUGCAGUGUUGGGGGGGCACCAUGGGGGGUACAGUCCCAUCCCUGCUCCCCCAGGAUGCCCGAACCUACAGAAAGCCAUCCCAGUCCCCAUUCCAAUCCCUGUCCCACCCCUGCAGUGCCAGGGCUCUGUGCAUUGUUGCCUUCAUCUUCCUCUUCCUCACCUGUGCCCUACCUAGCGGGGGUGCAAUCAGCUGAGCCUGUCUGGCCCCUCCCUGGGCUGGGCCCGGCUAUAAAACCCAGGAGCCAGGCAGAGGGUGGUGUCACAAGGAUCUGGGAGCUGUUGGCAGCAGCAGCGAUGGCCACACUCUACCCCUCCCUGGAGGACAUGAAGGGCCACCAGGUCCUGCAGGCACAGGCAGCAGCUGGGGUGAGGACCCCUGCCACCACAGUGGUCACAGAGAAGCCAAAGCUCACCUCGGGCACUGAGCCUCCUGUGCUGUACCCCAACCUAGCCGAGCUGGAGAACUACAUGGGGCUGGCGCUCUCCAGCGAGGAGAUCCAGAAGAACCUGCACACGGAGGACAGCACCGCACUGACCCCCGCCGGGCCCUCCCCAGGCCAGCUGGUGGCCCCCCUGAGCGGGCACAGCGCGGGGCUGCGGCGCGCAGAGAUCAAGCCGGGCGUGCGGGAGAUCCACCUGUGCAAGGACGAGCGGGGCAAGACGGGGCUGCAGCUGAAGAACGUCGACCAGGGCAUCUUUGUGCAGCUGGUGAAGGCCAACUCACCGGCAGCGCUGGUGGGGCUGCGCUUCGGGGACCAGGUGCUGCAGAUCGACGGCAAGAACUGCGCGGGCUGGAGCAGCGACAAGGCACAGCGCGCGCUGAAGAAGGCGAACCCCGAGAAGAUCGUCAUGGUGGUGCGGGACAGGCCUUUCCAGCGCACCGUGACCGUGCACAAGGACAGCACCGGCCACAUCGGCGUCGUGGUGAAGAAGGGCAAGAUCGUGUCGCUGGCCAAGGACAGCUCGGCCGCCCGCAACGGGCUCCUCACCCACCACUGCAUCUGCGAGGUGAAUGGCCAGAACGUCAUCGGCAUGAAGGAUAAGCAGCUCAUGGAGGUGCUGGCAGGGGCUGGGAACGUGGUGACACUGACCAUCAUCCCCACCGUGAUCUACGAGCACAUGGUCAAACGUCUCUCUUCAGGGCUGGUGAAGUCAUCCAUGGACCACUCCAUCCCUGACCUGUGACACCAUCGCUGCUGUUCUGGGAGCUGAUGCUGGAAGCCCAGAGGGCCUGCUGAGAGGACCCCACAGCACCUCCAAAGGAGCUAUUCUAGCACAAAACCCCUUAUUCCUUCAGAGUCUGGUGGUGCUGGGUGGUUCCUCCUCUCCUCAGCAAGGACGGGGCAGAUGUCCUGUACCAGGGUCCCACUGUCCCCCUGUCCCUGCUUGGGCCACCCCCUCAGGGCAGAUGCCAAGGGCUGGCUCCAGCCGAAGCAGACACAGACCCAGCGACAUUUAUUACAUCCACCACAGACAGCGAGUACAGGACAGGGGAAACAAGAAGAGGGGGGUUACAGCUUUUUCAGUUCUGUAUUUAAAAAAUAUAUUAUAUAGAUUUGUCUUUCAAA